GACGUGUCUGGUUGCCACCAGUAUGCGAUAACACCUGUGCGUUGGACUCAUUAAAGAUUUAACCAGAGAAGUCACGUGCACACUGAAAAAUGGCUGACAACUGCCAUGCUUAAUGCACGUCUCCAAAACUUUGAAAAAAGGAAGCAAAAUGGAGUUACCUUUGGAUGAGGAGGAUGGCACUUUCACCAACAUUUCUUUGGCAGAUGAUUCAGCAGAGCAUCUCUCAGGAAUAGUCUCUUCAAAAGUGGAAAGAGCCCAUUCUACAAUGAUGAACACCGACAUGGAUGCUGUUGAGGCCGAGAAUCAGGUGGAACUAGAAGAGAAAACACGGCUUAUUAAUCAAGUUUUGGAACUGCAGCACACACUUGAAGAUCUCUCGGCACGAGUAGAUGCUGUUAAGGAAGAAAACUUGAAACUGAAAUCAGAAAACCAAGUUCUUGGACAGUAUAUAGAAAAUCUGAUGUCAGCGUCUAGUGUUUUCCAAACAACUGACACAAAAAGCAAAAGGAAGUAAGGGUUGACUCACAGAUGAUGUCAUUGUAUUGCUGCUGUCUUUUUUUGUUUUAAUUGGCAUAGGCUACAUGAGCUAAAAUACCUUAGUUUGUGGCUUUACUGGAUACCUGAAGAUUAUAAACUUUGGUGAUAAACAGAAUUAAGAACAUUAUCAUGAACAGGAGACAUAAGUUUGUGUAUUGUUAAGAUUAAGCAAUGUGCAAAUGUAGUGUAGAAACUUACUAAACUUUAGUAUUUGUUUGAAAAAUGAGCAUAUCUUGUUAAAAACUGGAUUCAGUUUGUCAGGUUAAACAAAAGCCUGUUGGCGCUCUGAGGUCUUAGGAUAGUGUUCUUGACUAGCAAAAUAAUACAGUUAUAAUAUUGUGUUGAAACCUCAUUGAUAAAAAUAUUCAAAGUCUAAUUGCAUCACCUUUUUCACCUCAGAUAUAUUUCAUUACUGUAUAGUACUGUCCAUAGCUCUGCAAAGCAACUUUAAACAAAAACCUAUAAACCAGUUAAGAAUUUCUAUGAAGUAAUAACGGUAUGACAUU